AUAACGGCACAUACUUUCAGAGCCUGCGGGGAGCGCAAAUCCGCCGCAAUCUCAGUCAACGAAGAGACGUUGUCUCGCGUGCAUCAACAGGUGUUUUUGCCCGUGCAAAGUACAUUUAUCAGCAUGGGGAUCACAUAUGUAUGCAGUGUGGUAGCUCUGCUUACCGUACUUCUUGUGACGACAGAAGCUGGAGAUAUGAUGCGGAAAAGCAUUGUUUUCGACAAAAAUACUCCAGACGUAUUCUACUGUCCACAACAGAAACCGACUGGCUUUGAGAAAAUGCUCGUGACCGCAAAACCAUUAUCAAGACUUUGCCAAUUUGAAGGAAAACCGAUCCCACCAGAUUACAAGAGCGAUUGUUAUAAUGAUGUAGACGAAACCGAAUAUGCGUGUAAAGAGAAGUACAGAAUCAUGAAGCGAUUCAGAAACAAAGCGGAGGGAGAUGAGAACACCAUGGAUGACUUCGUCGAGAAAUAGAUGAGAAAUUGAUGCUGCACGAUCGAACAUCGCGUGCAAUUUUGCAAAUAGUCAUGCCGGGUCCUCCACUAAUGCUCAAGCUUGCAAUCUCCAGUCCCAUAAUUACAAAGCAUUACAUUUUUGAUUACUAAAUUCAAACUGCCAAUUAGUUUAUUAAUAGACAUAAGUUUUUAACUGUUUUAUAAAACAAUUAAAUAAUUAUUACAAAUGAAACAAUUAAUUAAUUAAAUCAUUAAUAUAAACAUUUAAGACGUUCUUAUAGCACGUAACAAUGUUGAAUGUUUUUAGAGAAUUGAUUUUCACAGUUAUAAUUUUUUUUAUGUUUUGUGACAUGAAAUAUUUAAUAUUUCCUUUUUUUCUUUAUAUUAAAAUUAAGAUUUUAUCGGUGCUAUUUUGUAGUUUCCGAGCUUGGUGGCCGGAAUUUGUAAUAUUUUUUUAAAUAAUAACAUUAAUAAAACUAACAAAUAAUUGGAGUUGGGCAAAUUGAUCAUUACAUUUCCAAAUAAGCUUCGAUGAUUGUGAUAACCGAUAUCUAAUAACCGAUUGCACAUUAACUUGCAUUAUUUUGUUUUGUCCUUUCGUUUGAUUCAUUUGUGUAUACAUAAAAUACUAAAUGAAUAUUUUAUGAUAAAAAUAAGAUUUAAUUAUAUUCGAAAUUUAAAAUCAUUUCGUUAUUCAAUCACAUAAAAAGAAAUUCAUUUUUAUAUUAAUUUAUAAAAUGUUUUCUUUGCCUUUAAAUUUUUUUUAAAAAUAUGAUAAAAUUUUGUUUACGUACUUAUAAAAAAUAUAAUUUGUUGUUAACUGAAA